GAGCCGCGGGGAGGGGUCCGCCCGGCCGCUGAGAGGCGAUGGCGGAUAUAGACAAGCUCAACAUCGACAGCAUCAUCCAACGGCUGCUGGAGGCUUGUUUCAGUAUUAUACAUUUGGAGGAGAUGAGCGUUCAUAAAUCAGGCUUCCAAAUGUUUCCUGACAAGAUCUUCUGAGAGAUGGUUCAUGCAACGCAAGGUGUUACCUGAGGUUGCAUCAGCUGCCAGAACUCUGAAAUGCGAGGAUCAAAACCAGGCAAAAAUGUCCAGCUUCAAGAGAAUGAAAUCAGAGGAUUGUGCUUGAAAUCCAGAGAAAUCUUUCUGAGUCAGCCUAUUCUACUAGAACUUGAAGCUCCACUGAAAAUAUGUGGUGAUAUCCAUGGACAGUACUAUGACUUGCUUCGACUCUUUGAAUAUGGAGGCUUUCCACCAGAAAGCAACUACCUGUUCCUUGGUGAUUAUGUUGACAGAGGAAAACAAUCUUUAGAAACCAUUUGUCUUCUAUUGGCCUACAAAAUUAAAUAUCCAGAGAAUUUUUUCCUCCUCAGAGGAAACCAUGAAUGUGCCAGCAUCAAUAGAAUUUAUGGGUUUUACGAUGAAUGUAAGAGAAGAUACAAUAUUAAGCUGUGGAAAACCUUCACAGAUUGUUUUAACUGUUUACCAAUUGCAGCUAUUGUGGAUGAGAAAAUAUUCUGCUGUCAUGGGGGCCUGUCACCAGACCUUCAGUCAAUGGAACAGAUCAGACGAAUCAUGCGCCCCACUGAUGUACCAGAUCAAGGUCUGCUCUGUGAUCUCCUGUGGUCUGACCCUGACAAGGAUGUCUUGGGAUGGGGUGAAAACGACAGAGGAGUGUCCUUCACAUUUGGUGCUGAAGUGGUUGCUAAAUUUCUCCAUAAACAUGACUUGGAUCUCAUAUGUAGAGCUCAUCAGGUUGUUGAAGAUGGGUAUGAGUUUUUUGCAAAAAGACAAUUGGUAACUCUCUUCUCUGCCCCAAAUUACUGUGGAGAAUUUGAUAAUGCGGGUGCCAUGAUGAGUGUGGAUGAAACUCUAAUGUGCUCUUUUCAGAUUUUGAAACCUGCAGAGAAAAAGAAGCCCAAUUCCAGCCGACCUGUAACACCUCCCAGGGGCAUGAUCACAAAACAGGCAAAGAAAUAGUCACUUUGGCACUGCCUUGCUGGGACUUGUAUCAUAGUAUAUAACCUCCAUUUUUAACACUGUCAUGUGUACUGUUCAGCUUGCUCAAAAUAGAUAAUGUGUUUGUGGUUUUACUUUUGAUUUGAUGAAUGGCAUUUGCUGGUUGUACCAGCAAAUGAAAGACUUUCUUUUUCUCCCUCCCAGGAAGAAAGUUUUAAACUGUCCUUUUGCUGGUGUUACAGCUGUGCUCCACAGUGUCCCACAUUCGGGGUAAUCCUACAGCCGACUUCCUGACCUGUACAAUGAGUAGUGUAAAUGCUUGUUUUCUUCUUUAGGAUCUAAAGAGGGCACUGGUGUGCUGUGAGAGUAGAGAUUUGUUACUGUCAGAAAUUACAUACUGUUUAUACAGACCACUGUGAACUUUUUUUUUUUUACAUUUUUUGUUUUAAAGGGAUUUUCUUUUAAUGUCGUGUCACGUACACGUUUGUUUCAUUGCUGUCAACAUUAGAAAUAACCUUCAGCCUCACCAGGCUUGCUGGGAUGAUGUAUAUUUAAUUCAGACACUCCCCCCUCUCCGUACACUUCCAAUGAGAAUUAAAGCCAUCAUUUUAAGUGUUUGUGUCUCUUUCCUGAAGCCAAAGUUCGCUUUGCCUGUGACCCACCUCGCCGAGCUGGCAGGGCUCUCCUUUCAUCCCACCUUCCUCUUGGAGACGGAAGGAAGUGCCGACUCAAAAUAGCAAGUAGAAACGCUGUGCUGUUGGUCCUGCUGUGCUCACAGUGAACACGUUUUUGUACAGUUCCCGUGUGGUCGAUCGAGUGGAGCAUUUUCCAGCGGCGGCCGUGUCGGACGGACGGGAGCUACGGAGGUGGCUCUGGAUCUGCCGGAACGGGGUUUGUGCAUUUUAGCCUAAAGACUUUGUUCUACGAACGUAGACAAUGGCUUGGGAAGCCAACCAGGGGCGUCGAUCUCGAUCUCCAGUUUCUAUGAAUCUCUCACAGAAUCUUGUUUUUUAAAUACUGUUAAUCUUUUUUGGACGGAUAACAGUGUACAAUACCAUGUAGUGAAAAUCACUUAUUAAAUGAAGAAGUUGUUAAA